AUGCAGAAGAACAACUCAGAUUUUACUCGCAGAGCGUUGAAAAUCCUCCGUUUAGCCUUGUUGUGGGCGAGAGAAGGCGGCUUGUUCCGGAAGAGACUGGCAAUAAAUUCAAAUACACUACCUAAGUAUAUCAAACGUCUCCUGCACGUUGGCCGCAGCGGAGACCAGCUGAUUUACGGCGAGCGUGAGCUGUCCUUCGACGCCACCCCGCUCAUCCACGUCAAAAUGCAUCGUCCUUCUUCAUUGUGGUUUAAGAUGCCUCGUAUUCCCUGCAUCAACAAUCCGCAGGUAAUUGAUGAUGCAUACGAUUUUGAUUUCGAUGAGGAAAUCGAAAUGGAUGACGAUAACGUAGUGAAAGAAAGAUUUUCGAAUGGUGGCGAUGAUGAAAAUGGUUUUGAUGAAGAAAUUGAUUUGAAGGCAGAGGAAUUUAUAGCCAAAUUCUAUGAACAAUUGAAGUUGCAAAGGCAAAUAUCAUAUCAACAGUACAAUUAG